AUGAACCCAGAAUUGACAUCAUCAUCUUCUUGUUCUUCUAGUGAUAGAAGAAUUAGCGUAUUAGCAAGACACCUUGUUGGCGUUGAAAUGGAUUCUCAGAACGAUAGCAUCUCGGCUUUUCCAACUUCCGGUUCUGACAGCAACUCUGUUUUCUCCCACGUUGUUCGCGGUCCUGAAGACCCCAUCCUCGGUGUGACUGUUGCUUAUAACAAAGAUCCCAGUCCUGUUAAGCUCAAUUUGGGUGUUGGUGCUUAUAGAACUGAAGAAGGAAAGCCUCUUGUUUUGAACGUAGUGAGAAAAGCUGAGCAGCUGCUUGUUAAUGACAGGUCGCGAGUUAAGGAGUAUCUUCCUAUUACUGGAUUGGCAGACUUCAAUAAAUUGAGUGCUAAGCUUAUGUUUGGUGCCAACAGCCCUGCAAUUCAAGAGAAUAGGGUUACAACAGUUCAAUGCUUGUCUGGCACGGGUUCAUUACGGGUUGGAGCUGAGUUUCUGGCAAAACACUAUCAUCAACGGACAAUAUACAUUCCCCAACCAACAUGGGGAAACCACCCUAAAGUUUUCACUUUGGCAGGGUUAUCUGUCAAAACUUACCGUUAUUAUGAUCCAGCAACACGUGGGCUGAAUUUCCAAGGCCUCUUGGAUGACUUUGGUUCUGCUCCAUCUGGAGCUAUUGUACUUCUUCAUGCCUGUGCUCAUAACCCCACGGGCGUUGAUCCAACUGUUAAGCAGUGGGAGCAGAUCAGGCAGUUGGUGAGGUCAAAAGGGUUGAUGCCUUUCUUUGAUAGUGCUUAUCAGGGUUUUGCAAGUGGGAGUCUGGAUGCUGAUGCACAGCCUGUUCGCAUGUUUGUUGCUGACGGCGGCGAACUUCUUCUAGCUCAAAGUUACGCAAAGAACAUGGGGCUCUAUGGGGAACGUAUUGGUGCCUUGAGCAUUGUUUGUAAGACAGCUGAUGUUGCAAGCAGGGUUGAAAGCCAGUUGAAACUUGUGAUUAGACCCAUGUAUUCAAACCCACCCAUUCAUGGUGCAUCUAUAGUGGCUGCUAUUCUGAAGGACAGGGAUUUGUACAAUGAGUGGACCAUUGAGUUGAAGGCAAUGGCUGACCGUAUAAUCAGCAUGCGCCAUAAACUCUUUGAAGCUUUGCGUGCUAGAGGGACACCUGGUGACUGGAGUCACAUUAUUAAACAAAUUGGAAUGUUUACUUUCACUGGACUGAACCCUAAGCAAGUUGCUUUCAUGACUAAAGAGUACCACAUCUACAUGACAUCAGAUGGGCGGAUUAGCAUGGCUGGUUUGAGCUCUAAGACAGUCCCUCAUCUUGCAGAUGCUAUACAUGCAGCUGUUACGAGAGUUGUGUAG